ACACCCUGAUGAAGCGCGGAUGUGGAAUUUGUGCUAUCUCUGUCAAAUUUGGAUAUCAUCGUCGGCACAUCAAUGCCUGCUGUUGUUGUUGUACAUGGGUGGACGGAUGGAUGAUGCCUUGUGGAUCCGCGGGAUGAUGUCAUGUAUCGUUGCACCCCACGUGGGGGCCGUCGCUCUCCGAUAGGCAGAUGUGGCCGUAUUCCUUCCGAGUAAUCCGAUUGGACAGAUAGGCGCUUUCACGGCAGUUCAGCCCUGCUGCCUGUGUGUGGCAACCGGGGUAAACUGGACAACUAGGGGAAAUGCGAGAUUGCGGAGAGUACCAUGCUACGCUUUUAAAGAAUCUGCAAUCUCUUCGAGUCGAAAGACAGAUUUUGGAAGCAUAUAUUUUUUUCCUUUUUGGGAUUAACCAGCCACUAAAGGCGGACAUUCCUCGGAGGUUCGCGGCUGAUAAUAGAGUAGUUUAAUCGAGUCCGACCGCACCAAAUUUUCUCCCAACUACUCCCCCAUUCUGGCUGGGUGCGCUCCGGAGAGAGAGGAUGCUUGUCGAGAUCCGCGUCCACCACGUUUAUGUUAGGGGGGAUUAAGCACAUGAAUUAUAGCCUACCCUGUUUUUUCUUCUUUGGGAACAAAAGUCGGACGGACGGUUCGGACGCACGCACGGGAUUUUCACGACCUCCCCUGCCCCCCACCCCAGCCUGCUGAGACCGGUGUGGCUGUGAGCACAUUUCAACCAUUUUGCCAAAGGACCUGUACACUGGAGAGAUAAACAAAGGAUACAUUUCAAGAUGUAUCCACAAGGCCGACAUCCGGCUCCACAUCAGCCCGGUCAGCCUGGCUUCAAAUUCACCGUAGCAGAGUCUUGUGACAGGAUUAAAGAUGAAUUUCAGUUCCUGCAAGCCCAGUAUCACAGUCUUAAGGUGGAGUAUGACAAACUGGCCAAUGAGAAGACCGAGAUGCAGCGCCACUAUGUCAUGUAUUAUGAGAUGUCCUAUGGACUGAACAUAGAGAUGCACAAACAGACGGAGAUUGCCAAACGGCUCAAUGCGAUUUUAGCUCAAAUUAUGCCUUUCCUGUCACAAGAGCACCAACAGCAGGUUGCUCAGGCAGUGGAGCGGGCUAAGCAGGUGACUAUGACUGAGCUGAAUGCUAUCAUCGGGGUACGUGGACUUCCCAAUCUGCCACUCACCCAGCAGCAAGCUGCCUACCCUGCUCUCAUGCAGCAGCAGCUCCAGGCACAGCACCUCUCCCAUGCUGCUCAUGGACCUCCGAUCCAGCUGCCACCUCACCCCUCAGGCCUGCAGCCGCCUGGCAUCCCCCCUGUGACAGGCUCCGGAUCAGGCCUGCUGGCACUAGGUGCCCUGGGCAGCCAAGCCCACCUCCCAGUAAAAGAUGAGAAGAACCACCAUGAUCUCGAACACAGAGAGAACACGAAUAACUCCGUAUCCCCAUCCGAAAGCUUACGCACAGCCAGUGAGAAGCACCGCAGCUCCUCUGACUACAGUUUGGACUCUAAGAAACGCAAAGUGGAGGAGAAGGACAGUAUGAGCAGAUAUGACAGUGAUGGAGAGAAAAGUGAUGACCUGGUGGUAGAUGUGUCUAAUGAGGACCCUGCCACUCCGCGGGCAAGCCCUGCCCACUCACCACCUGAGAAUGGCAUUGAUAAGCCCCGCCCCCCAAAGAAGGACACACCCAACAGCCCUGCAUCAGUGGCAUCCUCUGGAAGCACCCCAUCAUCCAAGGCCAAGGAGCUCAGUCAUAAUGACAAAUCAUCCACGCCUGGCCUCAAGUCCAACACCCCCACCCCCCGCAACGAUGCCCCCACCCCUGGCACCAGCUCCACUCCCGGGCUCAGACCCAUCCUGGGCAAACCACCAGGCAUGGAGGCUCUUGCAGCCCCAGCUUUGCGUACCCCUCUUUCCAUCGCAGGCUCCUACCCUACCCCCUUUGCCAUGAUGGGCCAUCAUGAAAUGAAUGGAGGCCUGACUAGUCCUAGUGUGUAUGCUGGUCUGCACAUCUCCCCUCAGAUGAGCGCUGCAGCAGCUGCAGCCUAUGGACGCUCCCCCAUGGGGUUUGAUCCUCACACCCACAUGAGAGCUCCAGGCCUUCCAGCCAGCCUCACAUCCAUUUCUGGUGGCAAACCGGCUUACUCCUUCCACGUCAGUGCAGACGGUCAGAUGCAGCCUGUGCCCUUUCCACCCGACGCCCUGAUCGGCCCCGGUAUUCCACGCCACGCCCGUCAGAUCAACACGCUGAGCCACGGCGAGGUGGUGUGCGCUGUUACCAUUAGCAACCCCACACGUCAUGUCUACACUGGUGGCAAAGGCUGUGUCAAAAUCUGGGACAUCAGCCAACCUGGCAGUAAGAGCCCUGUGUCCCAACUGGACUGUCUGAACAGGGAUAACUACAUCCGCUCCUGUAAGCUGCUGCCUGAUGGCCGCACAUUGAUCGUUGGAGGCGAGGCCAGCACAUUGACCAUCUGGGAUCUGGCCUCUCAGACACCCCGCAUCAAAGCUGAACUCACCUCCUCAGCCCCGGCAUGCUACGCCUUGGCCAUCAGCCCUGAUGCCAAAGUCUGCUUCUCCUGCUGCAGUGAUGGAAACAUUGCAGUUUGGGACCUGCACAAUCAGACUCUUGUUAGGCAGUUCCAGGGUCACACGGAUGGUGCAAGCUGUAUUGACAUAUCCCAUGAUGGCACUAAGCUUUGGACAGGUGGUCUUGACAACACUGUUCGCUCCUGGGAUCUGAGGGAGGGUCGACAGCUGCAGCAGCAUGACUUCACUUCACAGAUCUUCUCCUUGGGCUACUGUCCGACUGGAGAGUGGCUUGCUGUGGGCAUGGAGAGCAGCAACGUGGAGGUGCUCCACCACUCGAAGCCUGACAAGUAUCAGCUCCACCUGCACGAGAGCUGUGUCCUCUCCCUCAAGUUCGCCUACUGUGGUAAAUGGUUCGUAAGCACUGGGAAGGACAAUCUGUUGAAUGCUUGGAGGACUCCAUAUGGCGCCAGCAUAUUCCAGUCCAAGGAAUCCUCAUCUGUCCUGAGCUGUGACAUCUCGACAGACGACAAGUAUAUUGUGACAGGCUCUGGUGACAAGAAGGCCACUGUAUAUGAAGUGAUCUACUAGAACAGACUACUUUGGAUUGGAGCAUGCUCAUGCUCAGGAACAGUAGACUCUUCCUCCAUCUACCUUCCCUCACACAGACA